UGACUUUCCAUUCCAUUCCACUCUGUCUCCUCCUCUCCUCUCCCGUCCAUUUCACUUGACUUCACUUCACUUCACCCGACUUCACCAACCUGAAGGGAUCCCUAUUUGUACACCUCCUAGGCCUCUAUACAGUAUUACCUACCCGUUCCUUCACUGCAGACCUACAAACACCUAUCAGACAUACCGGAACCAGUCCAUCCCAAAACCUUCCUUCAGUAUGCGUGCAAGAACUGCCACCACCAUCUUGACGGCCGCCACCACAAUCGCUGCACAGAGCGUCGUGGUCAUUAUCGAAACCAGUCAUGGAGGAGCCGGCGUGGGUCUCACCAACACGUCCAUCACCGUGCCUCUCUCCAUUUACUACACCAAUCCCGCCCUGGAUGCCGUCUCCACCCUGUACCUGACGCAGGCCUCGGGCGUGAACCUCACCGCCGUGACCUGCACGCCAUAUCGUAAUGCGGAUGCCUCGGACAAUGCGGGCCUCCCCUUCAACAGCACCACUCCCAGCUUCAUCUCGACUAACACUCAACAAAUCGGAUCCGUCUUUUGCAACGCCACGACCAGUCCGAAUAGCAAGCCCCCGCCGCAGACUCCCAUCUACUCCAAUACGACCACCUCCGCCCACAGUGCCAUACCCACUGCUCACAAUGUCACUUCGGUCUUUGUGACGACUGUUCCUGCUUCCGCCAAGCCAUCGCCAUCGACCUUCACGAGCGUGGAGACGUUCAGUGGCCCCAAUGGUCCCACCACGUCGACAUAUACCGCCGUGGUCAAUGUGCCUGCGCAGACGACGACUGCCGCCCCGAGUCUGAACAGCGAGGGAGCUGCUGCACCGGUCCGACGCGUCGGCACGUGGAUGGCGGGUGCUGUUGCAGUCUUGGGCUUGAUGGUCGCCUUGUGAGAAACUGGAGAGGGAUGAUGUGAAAGCGACGGCGAUCUGUGAGCGUGCUCGGAUGGGCUUGGCAUGGGAUGAUGGUGAUGAUUAUGAUGAUAAUGAUGUUGAUGGCAGUACUUGAGAUACCCUGGAUGCGUAUGCGAUGUUGGGACAGUGUAACGAGGAACGUUGAUAGAGUCGGAUGCAAAUCCUCGCAGGUGUUCUGGAUGGGAUCGUGUAGAUGUGUUGUCCUGGUAUGACCGUAUUGGCAACAAUCACAGUGUGUAGCGAAAUCCCACGAGCCCUUCCACCGGCUCACCUCCCGCCGCUGCUCGUUUGUUGGCUCGCAUAAAGGUGAUGUUCAGCAGCACCACAAUCACCAUGAUGAGUCCCGCUGCCGUAAUACACGUGGCGAUUCCGGGUGUAUAAUGGGGUUGAUCUUGAGUUCGAAAUACCAUGGAUCCUGUAACUCCUCCUAUGGCUCCCAAUCCUACAGAAAGGGCGGAAACUAGAGCUCUUUUCCAUUGGCCUCGAACAUUAUUCGCCUGCCACGUCAAAAUACAAGGUCCAUUCGCAGUCGAAGGAAUCGCCGCCAAAAACACACCAAAAUAUCUCACUCCGACAUUUUCCACGAAGCCGAUGAGGCAGAGACCAACCCCCACAGCGACACAAUUCCCCAAAAUAAACGGCGAUCGCACUCUCCACUGAUCCGCAUAAUACGCUUCAAUCCACGUCACACCCGCCGCGGCCAAAUAGGGCGGAGUGACCAAACAUUGCGAGACGGGAGUACUCAAGCCC